CUCUCUCCUCUCACACUGCUCAGAUACUGCAGAUGCAACACAUCCUCUUACUGAACAGAACACAAUGUGGCUGGCUGUGCUGCUUGUUUUGGGAAGCUGUCUGCCACUUGCAGCAUCUGAGGGCUGCCCGGAGGCAUCUGAGGACACUUCUUCUUGGGUGAGGCUGAAACCCCUGGGGCACUGCAGGGAUGGGGAAAGCACUUGCCCCUAUCGCAUCACCUUACCUCAGCUCACCAUCCAGCUGCCCAAGCCCUUCAGGGAGCUGGAGAAGAUGGCCAGAGAGCUGCAGAGCCUGAAACAGAUGGUGAACCAGCUAAAAGCGGACUGUCGUGAGUGUAAAGAGAGGCAGAGAAUGCAGUGGAAUUUACGAACAGCUGAUCCUGGAGAAGAUGGAGAAAGGAUUCAAGCAUCUAGGGGCACUGUAAACACCAAAGAAAGACAGCAGGACUUACAGAAAAGGGAAAAAGUGACCCAAGGAAACACUCAUAAAACUGAAGAAGAACAAGACAGAGUGCUCGUCAACAGUGGGACAAAGCAGGUGACUCUAACAGGCAGCUGGGACAAGAACUCUAAUCCACAUCAUACUGGAUUACACAGGCAUGAGAACAGUCAAGGUCCAAAAGGAUCUAACCCCACACAAAAAGAUGGGAAAGCAAAGAACAUGAGCAAGGUAAGUGAACCACACUUACCUGUAACUGAAGUAAAAGGAAAUUAUCCCAGGGUUGUAGUGACUGAAUCUUUGCCUGAAAACCAAGAUGAGGUACAAACUACACAAGCUUUUAUCUACACUGCAGACCAGAGCGACAGACAGGACAGAGAGUUUGAUGUAUCCAGAAGAGUGGAUGUGGUCCAAGAUAGCACUCAAGUACCUCCACUAAAAUCAACAGAAGAUUAUGACACAACGUUUACCAGUAGUGGGACAAAACAGAUGAAUCCAGCAGGGAUUGAAGACAAAGGGUGGAAUUCCCGUCAGGACAGGAACCCUGAAAUAAGUAGCACUGGACACAAGGAUGGCCACAACAGUGGUGGACCAACAGGAUCUAACCCAACACACUCAAAGCAAGUGAUUACAACAGGACAGGGAAACCAAAGGCAGACUAGCAGUUGGGACAGGAACUCAAAUCCAGGCAGCACUGGACACAAGGAUGAGAACAGUGAAAGGAAAACAGGAUCGAACCCAACACAACCAAAGCAGGUGACCACAACAGGAAUGGAAAACCAAAGGUGGACUGGCACUUGGAACAGGAACUCUAAUCCAAGCAGAAGUGGACACAAGGAUGAGAACAGUGAAGGAUCAGAAGGAUCUAACCCAGCGCACCCAAAGCAGGUGAUUACAACAGGAAUGGAAAACCAAAGGUGGACUAGCAGUAGGGACAGGACCUCUAAUCCAAGCAGCAGUGGACACAAGGCUGAGAAUAAUGAAGGAUCAGAAGGAUCUAACCCAGCACUCCCAAAGCAGGUGACCACAACAGGAAUGGAAAACCAAAGGUGGACUAGCACUUGGAACAGAAACACUAAUUUAAGCAGCACUGGAGACAAAAAUGUGAACCGUGAAGGAUCAGAAGGAUCUAGCCCAACACGUCCAAAGCAGGUGACUACAACAGGAAUGGAAAACCAAAGGUGGACUAGCAGUUGGAACAGGAACUCUAAUUCAAGUGAUAUUGGGCACAGGGAUGAGAGUAAUGGAGGACUAAAAGGAUCCAACCCCACACACAUGGAUGCUAAAACAAAGAACAUGAGCAAGGUGAGUCAACCACACCUACCUUUAGCUAAAGAAAAAGACAAGGACCUGCAUUCUGCAAGGGUUAUAUUAACUGAAUCAGCUUUGCCUAGAAACCAAGAUGUUGGAAAACAGCUAAAUCCAGCAGGCACAGAAAAACAAAGUUGGCACCUUGGUCAGGAGAAAAACCCUAAAAUAGAGAGCAGAACAGGACACCGGGUUGAGACCAGUGGAGGCCCAAGUGAAUCUAAUCCUGCACACACUAGCAGAAGACCAGAUGGCAUGGAUAAGACGACAGAAUCAAAUUCAUUUUUGUCUGAAGAAAGGGACAGGGAAUUGCAGUCUCCAGGGGCUGAACUCAGCAAAUCAGAUUUGCUGCCUACAAAACUUUUUAUUGACACUAUCAACACUAGAGAGGGACUGCAGGAUAUGCCACCCAAAAAAGUUCAAGGUAUCACUCAAAACAAUGAAGAAGAGACUAUGUUCACUAGCAGUGCACCAAAACAGCUUGGUCCAGGUGAUAUGGAAAAGCAAAAGUGGAACACCAAUCAGGAGAGGAACCCUACAUCAAGCAGGAUUGGACAUAGGGAUGAAACUAGUGGAGACCUAAGAGAAGCUAAUCCUCCACACACAGGGAAAAAUCAGAAUAGCUCAAGUAAGGUGACAGAGUCACGGUCAUAUUUGCUUGAAGAAAGGGAAAAAGAAUCACAGUAUCCAAGGGGUAAACUGAGUGAAUCAGUUUUGUCUACAAACCAGGAUGUUUCUAGUGACACUGUCAUCACUAGAAGUGAAGAGCAGGACAUACCACAGAGGGGUGUCCAAGGUACCACUCAGAAAAAUAAAGAAGGGACUGUACCCACCAGCAGUGGAAGAAAAGAGCUUAGUCAAACAGGCAUUAAAAAACAAAGGUGGAACCCCAGACAGGACAGAAUCUUCAAUGUCAAGAAAACUGGACCCAGAAAUGAAACCAGUGGAGGGCUAAAACAAACAAAUCCUAUGCACAUAGAGAGGACAACAGAGAGCCCAAAUAAAGCGAGGGAACAGCCAUCUCAAGAUGAGGACCAGGCAGGACAUGGGGAAAACCAUAAUAAUAAGGCCAACACUUCCCAGGUGGGGCAGGGAGGAGACUCCAGUGGAACCCUCACUGCAGAAGGCAAAAUAGAGAGCAUCCCUGAAUCCAGUGUAGUUCCAAUAGUUUUAGAAGACGAUCACAUUGAAACAAAGCAAAGGAAUCCACCAACACAGAACAAACCAGUCAAGAGAUUUCCUGGAUUUCCUCGACUGAUAAAUACCAACAGAACCGCAGUCCAGGGCACUUCCAACAAUGGCAACAGACUUGCAAACCUUUCUGACCCAAAGAGAUUUUCACCUUUUGGGAACAGGACUGUGAACUAUUUUAACAGAGGGACUGGAAUUAACCCUGUGAGGAUCAGGCCAAAGGAGAAAAUACCACAUAAAUCUGAUAAUAAAGAAGAAACUGGCAGUAGAGAUGCAGACAUGGUACAUGUACACACAAAUGCUCCCAGAAUAAUCAACAGCAAGAAUGUUUUAGGAGAAAGACAACCAGUGACUGGCACUAAAGCUAAAAAUAACAGUGAACUAAAUUUAAACAUGACGGAAAGUCCCAAAACAGUCUCAGCCAACCAGGGUGAAGAUAUAAGUGAUACUAGGACCAGAGUAAAAGAGCCAGGACCCUUUAUGGUUGAUAAAACCAGUGAUUCUGUUGUUGCAAAAGAAGGUACCACCAAUAUGGUACAGUAUGCAGAGUCUGAAAACAAAGAAAAGAAGGAAAAGAUUAACCACAGUGGUGAAAGCGUCAAUGAGCCUCACUCAAAGCCAAGCCAAAGUAACCAAGACACAGUUUCAGUGAGAGACACUGAAGUGGAUGCAAAACUAAUCAAGCCCGUUGAGACAGCUCACGGAUCAAAGACAAUAAGCUCAGACAAUGAAGAUGCUACAUUUGAUGUAAGACAUACAGGUCCCCAAACCCAGGACAGUCAACAUAAAAAUCCAUUCACCCCUGGCAGAAAUGCAGAAAGUGGCACACGAAUGGAUUCAGUUAACCCAGCCGGAACAGUUAGUAAACCAGAGAAGAAUAAAGCAGAUCAGAUCCAAGACAAAACAGAUAAAACUAGUGGUACUGUGAUGCAUUUAAGUCCAAUCAACACACCUGGGACUGGGUUAGUGGAUGCAAGUAGCACCUAUCCCCAAAGUCUGGACAAUAAAAAUGAUCUCCCAAAAGGACAGAUAAAACCAGACCAUAACACCACAAGGCAAGGCACUAAGGAAACUGAAAGUUCACAUCUCUUUAAAGAAGAGACUGGAAGACAGAAUGGCCUAAUUACCAAAGAAGCUACACUUUUAGGUUCUGAUCCAGUGAAACAAACGUCUACAGCCAGAAGCAGAGAAGAAAAGAUCCCAGAGAGAAGUGUAAGCAAGCCAGAAGCACCUGCUGUGGGUUCCAAGGUGAAGGGCAGGCCAAGACCCAGUAAUCUGAUGCCAAUAAGGAGCGAGAAAUUGAACCCACAUACUAGGAAUAGCACAAAGAACCCAGAAGGGGCAAAAGAACUCAGUCAGCCUAAUCAAAGAAUGGUGAAAAACGUCACAAGAUCAAUUCCAAACCACGCUAAACAACCAGAAAGGACUGCUUCUGGGAGAGUGAUUCAAGCUAUGAAUCCUAAGCAGAAGAAACCAUAUAUUUUACAAAAAACACCAGAGAACAUAGGUUUAGAACGAGUAGAAAACACAAGUGGAGUGAAUGAACAUAUGGUGGACAGAAUGAAUGCUAGGAGGCGACAGGAUCACCCUAAAAUUGGGCCUACAUUAUCAAGUCCCAGUCAAGAAAUCAAGAGUACAACAAAUGCUAUGACUCAAUCAGUCAGGCCUACUGUGGCAGGACAUAAUAUUGUGGACCAGGUCCAUUUAGAAAAAGCCAAGACUGCUCCUACAGUGGAAGCGAUAAACUCGCUGAAUACCCAUCAAAUCCAAAACACCCUUCAGAAUGCCGAGACAAAACUAUUCCAUGUGUCGGAACCUGGAAAUCCUGGAGGGAAGAGAGGGCUGGAUCCAGUUACAGAUAGUGUGAGGGAGCACAGUGUGGAGAAAGAAAUGAAUCAAACCAUAGUGAGCUUUGGCAGUAACAAUCAAAGCAGGCCAGACUCAGACCAGGCUGUUGUGGAGAAGAGUGAGAGCACUGAUAGACAGAAAGGAACAAACCUAUUUACGGACAGCAGUGCAACCUCCAACCAGGAGAACAAUAAGAAGCUUCUCACAGGAGGAGGCAUGCAAAAUUCCAGAGGGAAGAACUUAACAACUGUGGAGAAAGUAAGCACUGAGAGGAACGAGUUAAACUAUCCAACUACUGCAGCCACUUUCACCAUAAAAACAGCAAUUAAGCGCAAACAAAGCCAAAUGACUCAGACCACUGCUCCUGUUGUUACAACAUCACCUUUUAUGACUCAAGUUCAUGCAGAAAAAGCCAAAAGCAUUUCUGGAGCAAAGGUGUCAAAUACACAUGUUCCUCACAGAAACAAAAACCCAAGCCUGGAAGUGGAGCCCAAAAUACUGACUGAGACAGUGUAUGACAGUAGCAGCAGAAAUAAAGAACAGAAUCCCAGAAUCAGGCUGGAUACAGAAAGAAGAGUUGGAGGAGGAUCUGAUAAGGAGACAGUUUCAUAUCCCAACUCUGUGGACAUUGUCCCUAACAGAGCAAGAGGCUCAGACCCUUUUGUAAUGGACAAAAUCACCAAUACUGCAGGGCCAAAGUGGUCUACUCCAUCCACAGACAGCAUGCCCCACACUCCAUUAACAACCACUGCAUCAGUGCUGGGUAAAAAUGGAGACAAUAAUGGAAAUUCCUACCCAGUUGCUGUGGACAAGGUUGGAAAUGCUAAGAUUAUAAAAGAGGGAAUCUUAAUCGAACCCGUAACUAAGAGUGCCAUAAAGGAAAAUACUGAGAAUCCGCUCACGUUUAACAACCUGGAAGACAGAGAUGGCUUAGAGAACCAGCUGCUCAGCACCUGCCACGGCCACUGUAACCCCAGUCCAACUCCUCAGCCAGACAUCAACAUCCAGAGAUCAUCUGAAAACUAUAAAGAUAAAACACCCAGAGACUGUUCUGAUCUCAUCAAGAAAAAUCCCAGUAAUGGUGUUUACAGUGUGACACCCGGAGGAUCAAACAAAUCCACGUUCAUGGUCUUCUGUGACAUGGAGGUCUCGGGUGGUGGGUGGACUGUGAUUCAGCAUCGCUUUGACGGCAGCAUCAGCUUUAACCGCACCUGGAACGACUACAAGAGGGGCUUUGGUAACUUAACAGGUGAGUUCUGGCUGGGCAACGACAAGAUCCACUGGCUGACGUCGACUAGAGCCAUGGUCCUGCGGGUUGAGCUGGAGGACCUGGAUGGAGUGAAGGAAUAUGCCCAGUAUAAUCGCUUCAGGGUGGCCAACGAAAGCCAACACUACAGGCUGAGUAUCGGAGGAUAUUCAGGCACUGCAGGAAACGCUAUGCAGUUCAGCAAAAAGUUCAACCACGACCAGAAGAACUUCACCACUCCAGACAGGGACAAUGACCGAUACCCCUCAGGAAACUGCGGCGCAUAUUACAGCUCCGGCUGGUGGUUUGACGCCUGCAUGGCUGCAAACCUGAACGGAAAGUAUUACGAGACGAAAUACAAAGGUAUGCGGAAUGGAAUCUUCUGGGGUACCUGGCACAACAUUUCCACCGAGUACUACCUAACCAACGACAGGCAAUCAUUCAAGACUGUGCGAAUGAUGGUGAGGCCCAGGAUGGCUGCUGGGAGAGACUACUGAAGAUGAUCUGAGAAAAGAAUCCAGGGACAGCUGUUUUCCUCCCACCUUGGGAGAGAAGUUGUACAAAGUUGUUAGUGGAUGUGCUUGGAGACAUUCCAGUCAGGUCUUUCCUUUUUUCCUUUUUUAAAGUGGACUGUUAUGAGGUCAGUGUUUAUACAAGACACCAUGGCUUGUGAGUGAUUAUACAUGUGAUUACACGUGAUGAACUUUUAGCUAAGAAUCUGAAAUGUUGACAGUGUGCUGAAAUAAUGUAGGGGAUCGGAUCAGAUUUAGGAUCAUUACAAAUAGGAUAAUUUGCUAAUUUGUGUUACAUUGUUGAAAACAAGUUCGCACACAUUUUUUACUGCUAUACACUACAUAUUAAUUUGCCAUUAUCCAAAAAAAUAAAUAUUUUUUUUAUUUCUUUAACUGGGAGUAUAUUACGAUUCAAGUGUGAUACUGUGAUGUGUUUGGAAUGAAACUGAUUAAUUUGUAAAGGUUAAGUUUUGGAAGUGGAAGUUUUCCUCCUUACAAAUUCAGUGAAACUAUUCAUUUAUGUUUAAUGUCUGAAGUUGAUUUUUUUCUUUCAGUAUUGUAUGAAGGCAAUUAAAGCUAUUGUAGAUAUUAAGUCUACAACUCCCAAUACCUUUGUGUUAUAUUAAUCUUAUUGCUGCUCUGCGAAGCCAAAGACAAACUGUAGACACCUGACAUAUCCACUAAUCAACAACAUUUAAAGCAAUAUGUGACUUUUUGGUAUGUUCACACAGUGUUCACAUAUCUAAAAGGGAAACUGAUGAUAAAAUAUAAGUCAAGGUUAUAACAUUAUCAUUUGCCAACAACUGAUAAUAAGAUCACAUUAUACAGUCAGUUAUUCUAGUACCAAAGUACUGUGUGUCCAAUAGAUAAUCCUAUCUGAUAGACAGAAUGUUACUGUACAGAUGUAGAGAUACAUUUGAAUUUGAAUUUCAAUAACAUUUUACUUCCUUUGGGAAGAAGGUAAUCCUGUGGAAUUUGAGUUUUAGUGGACAGGAAGGGCAUUAGAGAUUCUUGAAAGAUGGGAUUAUGAAACAUAUUUUCGGUAUUUAUUAAAAUGAUUUGAUUAUGAUAGGAUUACAAAACAGUUAUGAUAAUAAAGCCCUACAGGAUAAAAUGCAGAUGUUCUUACUUUUACCUUGUUAAAACUGAACAAUACCUUUCUCUCUGUUCUGAUAGUUCCUCUGAUUCACUGUGUGCUCACACAGCAUUACCCUUCCUUUUACUGGAAAGGUAAAAGCUAAAUGUCUCUUGUAGAGCAUGAACAAUGUAUUAAGCUUUUAUUUUGGUUUGUACUGAUGUUUUAUUAUUCAUCACAUGAUAAUUUAAGUGUUUAGUGUUUUUUUUUUCUCCAAUGUGAUUUAAGUUUAUAUUUGACAGUUUUACAUGACAGUUUUGCACUCAUGUUUUAUACUGUAUUAACUAUUGGACCUUUAUAAAGUAGUUAUUUGUAGUAAGUUAAAGGUAUGUUUAUUAUUUGUGUAAGAUGAAUGUUUUCUC